AUGUUUCGGUUCAUCCACGAUGAAAUUGGAUUGAGCACUCUACGCAGUGCAGGCUACGAUGUCUAUGUCAUUAUUCUCGUGCGCAUGAUUAGACUCAUUGGGUUUGGGUCCACUUCAUUAAUCUUGGCGCUUUACCUUAAACAACUAGUCAGUGAUGAAUCAUAUAUCGGUUACUUUAUGACACUCACGUUUUUGGGAGACCUCAUCUCGUCUUUUUACUUUUCGUUGAUUACCGACCAAGUCGGAAGGAAAAAAAUUCUUGUGCUAUGUUCAGUAUUGAUGGUCAUCACUGGGGUCGUAUUUGGAAUCUUGGAAAACUACUAUGUACUCUGCACUGUAGCGUUUUUGGGGAUCAUGACCCCAUCGGGCGGUGAAGUGGGACCGUUUAGAACAAUUGAACAAAGUGCGAUAGCAAAACUCUGCCAAUUCAACAAGGACCGUUCAGAUAUCUAUUCAUGGUACACUUUUCUUGGCAUGUUUUGUGGUGCGAUUGGGUCUGCUUUUGCCGGUGUGAUUAUUGACUUGACUAAGAACAAGUUGGAAUAUACCGAGCUCGAUAGCUAUAAAGCAGUUUUUUGGAUUUACGCUGGUUUGGGUGUGAUUAGUACCAUUUUGUGCUUGACAAUCAGCCCAGCAAUUGAACCAACUAAAGUACUUUCAAAUAAUGGAAUCGAUGCAACGCCUUCAAGUGCCACGGAAGCCACAAGGUUGAUUGAGAAUGAAACUGAGGAUGAAAUCGUCGACUCAACAAGAACAGUGACAACACCAAAGAAAUCAUUCUUUACUUUUCUUCCACAACACUUGUCAACAAGCACAUAUAUCAUCAUUGUAAAAAUUUGUUUUCUUUUUGGACUCGACUCUUUUGCAUCAUCUUUGACACCUCUUUCAUGGCAAUCGUUUUACUUCAAGCACAAAUUCGACAUUUCGUCAUCAUUUCUUGGUUCUGUAUUUUUCACCACCGGUUUAAUUAGUGGAAUCACUUCGCUUGCAUCAACAUCAAUGACAAAAAGGCUAGGUGCAGUGAUCACAAUGGCAGCCACACAUCUUCCUGCAUCGUUUUUGCUCACAAUGAUUCCAAUUCCACUGACUAUGCAAGUAACAUUGGCCAUCUUGAUUUUACGUUCGUCUAUUCAAUCAAUGGAUGUUGCACCGAAGCACGUGUUUUUGGCAGCAUUGGUGCCCGAUGAAGAUAGAACCGCUGUAUUUGGAUUUGUUAAUGUGGUUAAAACCUUGGCACAGAUUAUAGGGCCUAGUAUCGUUGGUGUAAUGACCAAGAAUGGCUUACAAUGGCUCACUUUCAUCAUUGCCGGUAGUUUGAAAAUCGUUUAUGACCUUGGAGUCUUAUUUACUUUCAUGACAUACAAUAGACAUUCGGAACAUUAA